UUUCUUAAUUGUAUACCCGUGAAGUAUUACAAAGUGAUAUGAAUCAUACUAUUCGAUAUAUGUGGACAGACAACCGAUUACCUCUAAGGAUGAAGAAACCUACCUCAUGCAUUGUAAACUUACAUAAGGCUGUCACUACAUCAGCGUUGAUCAUUGGCAUGGUCAUAUUUAUAUUUUACUACAAUAUGUUCAAUUUAAUUAAUUUUUACGAGAUAGAAAAGCCAAUAUUUGAUUUGAAAACAACGAUUCAGACUUAUAAUGAUACAGAUUAUAUACUCAAUACGGCAGGAUGUGUGAUACCAAAUUUUUCAAAAACAUUGAAAUUUAAAGAAGCUGAAUAUAAAAAGAAGACUUGUGGAGACCGAGGUGUAUUCGUAAAUAAAAUAGCUGACAAUAAAAUCAAAUUCGACAUACAAUAUCACACAAUGAAGCGUUAUAGUAAAGGAAAACCUUUCAACUGUUGUUACAAAUUCGCUUAUAGAUCUACCGAGCCAGGAAAGGAGGACACUGAAAUUACAUAUUCAACGUGUAAGACUUUUAAAACGGGAACAAUAAUAGACUUGGAACAAGAAGUUCUCACUGUAAAUUGUAAAAUUAAUUCAGGAGCAAAACAUAUCGACAUCUACGAAGAUGCGUACCUUUUACUUAAGAAAUUAAAUACAUUGGAAAAGAUAAGCAAUGAAAAUGAAGAGUCGUGGAAUGUUUUAAUAGUUGGUAUGGACACGAUGUCACGGGCGAGAGCGUACGCUACCAUGCCUCAAACCGUUACCCACUUCCACAAGCAUAAAUGGCUAGAUUUCAGAGGAUAUCAAAAGGUGGGCUUUAACACAUUUCCAAAUAUAAUGGCCGUUUUAACUGGGAAGAAAAUGUCUUCAGUAUACAAGGCUUGUGCAAAAGGCAUGACGUACUGCAACGACUUUAUGAUGUGGCAUAAAUUUGAAGAAGCAGGCUACGUCACUGCUUAUGGUGAAGAAUACUUAAAUCUACCUGAUACUUUUUCACGAUACAAAGGAUUUAAUGUAACACCGACACACCACUAUACUCGGCCAUUUUUCCUAACCGGAGAGGAAAAAAGCGGGAAUUAUAUUUGCACAGGAAGACGACCUUCAGCGUUACAUCUAUUAGAUUACGCUAUAGAUUUUGUAAAUACGUAUGACGAUGUUAACUUUUUUGGCAUGUUUUGGCUGAACUCUUUCAGUCAUAAUUUUGAUAAUAAGCCGGCACUUAUUGAUAAGGACAUGGUACACUUCUUUGAUAGACUAGUACAGAGUAGUGCACUUAACAAUACCUUCAUUAUAUUUCUAAGUGAUCAUGGAAUAAGAUACGGCGAGAUGAGAUUACCCAUAGAGUCUUAUUAUGAAGAACGACUACCCAUGUUCUUCAUGCAUGUGCCAUAUAGAUUUCAAGAAUUAUAUUUCAAUGAAUACAAUAAUUUAAAAACUAAUCAAGAUAGAUUGACUACGCCGUAUGAUUUUCAUUUAACUAUGUCAAAUAUAUUGAAGCUGUCAAACGAUUCUGUUGAGAUUAUGCCCUCUGAGGCGUGUUUAAAUUGUUCAAGUUUAUUUUACGAAAAACCAGUGAAUAGGACAUGCGCCGACGCCGGUGUUACUGACAAAUGGUGCAGCUGUCACAACAUGGUCAAAGCAAACGAGAGUGACCCGUACGUGCAAAAAAGUCUAGAUCUAGCCGUGUCCUAUAUACAAAACAUAACGAAGACAAUAGAAACGGAUUAUUGCAUGCUAUGCGAAAAUCUAAAGUUAAAAACGGUUUUAAGACAUCAUUUUUAUGUUGACGAUGGAAGAACAUUUUACAUUGUAGCUUUUUUAUUUGUGCCGGGUGACGUAGCGUUCGAAGCGAAUUUAAUGAGAGAUGGUAACGAAAUAAGCAUUGUAGGACCAAUAGAAACUAUAUCGGCUUAUAACACCAGAGGGAAUUGUGUCAAGAAACCAAACGACAGGUCAUAUUGCGUGUGUAAAAAAGAUCAAGCGUGUUAUUAUUCUUUGUAA